AUGGACUCCUCCCCGGACAUACCUUGUGCCACAGAUGCUGGCCUGCGCAGCUUGCAAGGGGCCCAGUCUAGCCACUCCGGCACAAGCAACUACUCUACUGGACUUACAUCAUAUUACAAAAACAAGAUCAUGAGGUCAAUCCACAAAAUGGCUUGGCGUCGCCGCGAGGGCUUCGAGCCGGAGGAGGUGGAGUAUUAUUCUUCAGGAAAUUAUGGUCCAGAUGCCAACAGGACUUUCGACUUCAAUGGAAUCGUCAUUUUCUCUGAUGCCAAUGUUGGAGUUAUUCCUAGCUAUGCUGAAAACCGCUGCAAUAAGUCGGAGGGAUACUCACCCUGCCUAGUUGGGGGGUGCUAUCCUUCAUACAAGCGCUGCGAUGGCAUCCAGGACUGCACAGAUGGAUAUGAUGAAAUCAGUUGUUUGGAUCCUUUAGAGGACAGGGAGGAGGACUUCCGCAUUCACCGAUACCAAAAGUUCUCUGAUUUCUUUGAUGCAGAAGAUGGGGACUGGCUUUGGCUUGACAUUAAUAUUGGUCACAAGGGUCACGAGCAGAACCUGGUAGAGAUGCCAAAGGUGGACGACCCUUACGUGCUUAAUGCCUUCAGCGUCAGCAAGGAAUUUGGCUUCGGCUUGGCUCCUGCACCCCAGUGGUAUUCAAUCAUUCCGCCCGUCUACGUCAGCCUGGAAAUGCCUGACUCUUGCCGCAGAGGAGAACAGGUGGGCAUUCGAGUGAUGGUGUUCAAUAACAUUGAGACGGAGCUUCUGAUCCUGCUGGUCCUUCAUGGUUCAGAUGACCACCGCUUCAUCAUGGUGGAAGAGACUGGUGUUGUCGACUUCUACCGUCCGCGCACCAUGGCAGGCGACCACCAGCAUCUCGUAUCGGUGCCUCCUGAAUCAGCGAUGGAGGUGAUCUUCCCCGUUGUGGCGACCAUUGACCAGGGCGAGAUUGAGCUCACUGUGUCGGCCAUCUCGCAGAUCGGCCGAGAUGAGGAGACUGUUACGCUCAUCGUUGAGCCCGAAGGUGCCACCAUUGACCGCCACACCUCGAUCUUGCUCGACCUGAAGAACCGGGCGCUGGUCUAUGAGUACAUGGACAUCAUCGUGGAGGAGUCGUACGUGAUUCCGCUCCAGAUCCGACGUCGCUUUGUGGCUGGGUCGCCCAGGGGUCAUGUGUCUCUCUGUGGGGACGUAGUCGGUCCGUCCUUCCCCAAUGACGAGCCUGUGGAUUCCGUGCAGAUGCUACGCAAGGAACUCCGCGGAACGGAGGCCUCGACCUUCAACUUCGGCGCCAACCUGUGGACACUGCACUACCUCCGUCUAACAAACCAGCUCGACAUCUCCGAGAGGCAGGACAUCUUUGACCAGCUCAACGUCGAGCUGGCGGCCAUCAUGUACCGCUUCAGCAGCGAGGGCUCCUUCAAGAUGUGGGACACAUCACAGCCUAGUGUUUGGCUGACGGCGUGGACGACCCGCACAAUCCAGAUGGCGCAGUUCCAGGACUGGGAGAAUAUCAUCUACAUCGAGCCGCGGAUCAUCUCGAAGGCGAUCGAGUGGCUCAUCAAGUACCAGACCCCUUCGGGCGCCUUCAUGGAGACCCCCGCUUACCAAGCGGUUCCUCUCGACAAGAAGGCCGAUGCUUAUUCGUACGGGUACCGGUGGCGCGGCGCGAGGAACAUCACCCUGACGGCGCAGUGCCUCAUCACCUUGGAGCGCACCAUCAACUCCCUCCAGGGCAACGUUCGCGCCGAUGCCAAUAAUGCGAAGAUUCAGGCGGUUAGGAAAGUGACUCUCCUGGAUCUCGAACUUACCAGAGAAUCCGAAUUCGGAACUAAUAAACCCGUAGUACUCGAGUCGGCGGGAGAGGGGGUCCAAGGCCAUAGUCCGCGGCUGGCACACUGCCAAGAUCGGGCAGCUGAGAAGAACCUGUUGCAGAAAUUAGACCAUGUACUGGAGCGCGAGCUAAGGAACAUCCGGGACCCGUACGAGGUGGCCAUCGUGGCCUACGCUCUCUCGGUCUCCAACUCCGUGGAGAAGGAGGCCGCCUUCAACCAGCUGGAUCGCAUCAAGAGGGAGGAGAACGGCCUGGUCUACUUCCGAUCGCCCGUGCAGACCAACAAGCGCGUGUACGAGAACAACCAGAGGAACCUCCUGCAGCCCAAGUUCGAGGAGGAGUGGGACUCGCACGCGGUGGAGGCCUCGUCCUACGCCCUGCUGGUCUACCUCAUCCGGGAUGGCGUCAACAUCAUCCAGGAGAGGAUCGUCGAGUGGCUCAAUGCCAUGAGGAUGCACGACGGAGGGUUCAUCUCCACGGUGGAUACCCUCGUCGCUCUGGAGGCCCUGACGGAGUACUCCUACCGCGCCCGUCUUCGUGACCUGACGGACAUGCGAGUGACGGUGGAGGCGACGGGCGAGGAGGGGCGGUCGCCGCACAACGUGGUCAUCUCCAACAGCAGCGUGUCCCAGAUGCAUAUCAUUCCCAUCAAAAACGUGUGGGGUUUGGUGAACGUCGUGGCCCACGGAGCAGGACAGGCCAUCCUUCAGCUGGACGUCAGCUACGGCAUCGACUGGACAGAUCUCAAGAAGCAGCCUCCGGUCGACGCCUUCAAGAUGGUCAUUAACGAGCGCUAUUCCAAGUUCCGCAACAAGUCUAUUUGUAAUGUGGAAAUUUGCGCCAGAUGGACCAACUUGGAGGAGUCGCCCCAGAGCUCGGCCGCGGUGAUCGAGGUCGAGGUCCCGACGGGCUACGUGGCCUACCAGCUCGACCUCGAAAGGAGCAUCUAUCGUGCGCAGAUGAGCGGGAAUCCCUCGCUAAGGGACGUCAUCGGGGGUCACGGAGACACGUUUGCCAGGAAGACCGUGUGGUUCUUCGAUUAUAUACCGGGUAAUACGACCUGGUGCUUCGAAUAUGUGAUGAAGAGAUGGUAUCCUGUUGCUAACUUGACGAGGGUCCGUAUGGCUACUAUCUAUGAGCAGUAUCAACCAGAGCGCUUCCAGAUGGUGAUGCUGAAUUCGACCGUAAACACCCUGGACGUAUGCGAGGUGUGUGGCUCGUACCAGUGUCCUUACUGCCCUAUCUACAGUUCGGCGCCGUCGCUGAACCUCCCCAACGUCGGGUUCUUGAUCUCAGUGGCCCUUGUGACUUACGCGUAUCAGGUGUUCUCGGAAAGCCGGUCGUUCGCGGGCUCGAGAUGGCCAGGAGGUAGUGGCAGUGGGGUGUUUGGUGAGAGUACAGUGUAUGGAUUUUGAAUCGUCGCCACAACGAAUGCGUGUGUGAUUUCUUCGGACCUUUCUGUUGUGUGGAGAAUCGGAAUUUGUGGAUUUUCCGAUUUUCUUUUCCACUGAUGGAGAUAAUGUUAGAUAAUCGGUUAAUUCAGGCUCUCAGCGGCUUCAGAACUUGGUUCAAGAGUGAGAUUUCCUCAAGAAAAACGUUGUGAGUUAGUGUUUUAAUUCUUUAAGAAUCUGUUUCGAAACAGAAAAAAAUCGUAGUACUUCAUGUGAAUUUGAUCUUGAUUAAGAAUAAUCAAUGUUUUGUAAGUAGUAGAGUCUUAUGUACUUAUUCAUAAUUUGUAGGAAUUGUGAAAAGAUAAAUUCCUAAUACAGUAAUCCGUCCGUUAGUUUAGAUUCUCAUAAUCUCCGUCCAUUUUAAGAGAAUGAAUUUUUGUUCUUGUGAAUAUCCGCCCAAAUGUUGACAGGAUGUGUGACAUGCUGCUGUAAAAAUCUUAGAAGAUUUUAAGUCAUUUCAUAAAAUGUAGUAGAUUAAUUACAUUGUCUCAAAAAAUCUUUAACCAAAUACUAAUGUAUUACACCAGGUACAUUAAGAAUAGGUGCCACUUUAGUUUUAUACUUUUUUAAAUCGCAGUUCUUCCAUUCUCCAGUGUGGCAGUUUUACCAAAUAUGGCAGAAAAGGUAAUAGCAAGGAGGCAUGCUCAUAUUUUAAUUGCCUGCAUCAGGUUUUCCUGCUGAAGAACUUUUAUGAACAUUGUUGGGACUUCUGAUACCACUGGUUUUCCAAAUUCGUAUAUUUUGCUCUUGUAACAAGUUUGUAUAAAAGUUUGGCAUUCUGAAAAUCGUUUAUUGUACAGUUGUUAAAAGCAGUGUUUAUUUGUCAGUGGACUCUAUAUUUCCGUACUGCAUCUGAAUUAAUGCUGUGCAUUGUAGAAUUUCAAAUUAGUUCAUCCGUACCAUAGUUACUGAAUGAAGCCAUUAUUCACAUACUUGUAUAGGAUGUGUGUUGUAUAUUUUUGUAUUACCAAACCUUAGAAACGGCAUGCAUGUAGACUGUAUGAGUAAAAUGUUUUGCAAAAUAGAUGUGCAAUAUGGAGUUGUACAUAAGGAAAAUUCAGGCAUUCCUCCCUAUUGUAAAUAUUUCACGAUAAGCAGUUACUGUUCUCAGAAGAAAAUGUGUUAUGUAUCACACAGGAAAGACCGUGACAGAGGUUUGUUCGUUAUUUUUUUCUAGGUAAUAUGUAUGGUAUGUUGAUUGGUAGUGACUCAAGAGUGAUUUAAUAAUGUUUAAAGAAUAGAACUGUGAGGUGUAAGAGGUCCCAGCCAUAAAAUGGAAAAGUGUCCUUUUUGUUGCAUUUGUUUUGAAUUAGAAUAUGGGGAUCUGUUUAUAUGCUUUACAAUUUUCGUGUAGACUGAAUUUCCGGACACUUUCCUUGUUCAUCUGGGUAAGAGUACAGCGUACCAAGUAGUGUGAAUCAUAUAACAGGUUGAUUGGUUAAAAAAAACAUGCAAGAGAUUAAGACGUUUGUUUUUUUAUUAUUAAUUCAAAUUACGUUUACUUCAAAUUCUUUCUUUUUAUGUAAGAUUUUAAUCUGGUUUGCUGUUCUGAUUAGAAGUAACGACAGCACAUCAGCUUGGGAACAAAUAUUUUUUGUUUUUCAUAUUUAAUAAACCUAAGAGAAUCUGUAUGUCUGGACAUCCAGUUCUUGGGAUUCCAGUAAAAAUAUAUAAUUGAA